AUGGCAUUUUAUUCCGUAGUCUCUGAUUCAACAUAUCUGUUUAAAUCCUCACUCAUCUCGCGCGCCUCCCCGCUCAUCUCCGCCUCCCCUCAUCUCCACCUCCCCAUCUCCGCCGCCUUCCCCCGCCGCCCCAUGCCGCAGGCAUUUUCAUUCUCGUCGCUGGACGCGCGGUGCGGCGGUGCGGGGAGGGUGCUUCUGGGGGCGGCGUGGGUGGGGCUAUGGGUGGGGCUGUGCGCGUGGGUGGUGUGGUUUGCGCACAAGCAGGCGGACGAGCCGCGGCAGGAGGCGAUCCGCGUGUGGUGCCGCACGCGCGUGCGCUACCUCCACCAGGACAUCCGCUCCGCCAUUGCGCGCGCCGAGGCCCAUAAGAGUCGUUCCUCAUCUUUCCCCCCUUGCGCACACACACAAGGAGGCGACAGGGCUGGUGAAGGUGUUGGGCUCUUAUGGGCCCGCGCAGCAGCAGUAUUGGAGUCAUUGUUUAGACUGGAUCUCAAGAUUCCCUAUGCUCCUCACUUUGCUCCUCACUUUGCUCCUCACUUUUCUCCUCGCUUUGCUCCUCACACACGCACACAACAGGAGGCCACGGGACUGAUGAAGGUGUUUGGCUCGUAUGGCCUGCGCAGCAACUCUCAAAGGUUCCCCCCCGCCCUCGUCACUCCUCAUGUUUCCCCCCUUGACUCUUGCUCUCACUCUCACUCUCACUCUCACUCUCACACACACCAGGAGGCCACUGGGCUGAUGAAGGUGUUUGGCUCGUAUGGCCCGCGCAGCAGCAGCAACCUGAGCUACUGGGGGCUGGCGGGGUGCGUUAAUAACAAGACUCUGCUGGAGUACACGUGGGCGGCUGACCGCAUCGUGACUUACAGCAGCAGCACCGUCUUUAUGCUUCUCAACGACCAGGACAGGGCCACGGUUGAGAAGAUCACAGGGUAUCAGGUGCGCUCCAUACUGGGCCUGCCAGCGCCACACAAGGACUUCUACUGUGUGAACCUCAUCGGCAACACAGACUUCAACCUGCCGCCGCUCACUGACUUUGCCCCCCUCGUCCCUCCCAACUUCUUCACCAAUCUGCUGGCUGGCAAGCCGGUUGCUGGCCCGCCUAUCUCCAUUGGCCCCGGUCAUGUGUCCAGGGUGCGUGCUCAAGCAGUCACAUUGCAUUGCUCUUUCCGUUCCUCUAUUUCUUUCAUUGAGGCGCCUUAA